CCAGUUAAGUGGAAUCAGAGGCGAGCGGUGGCGCACGGCGGUGGUCUCUCUCUCUCUCUCUCUCUGUCUGGUGGGCUCCCGCUCUCACAGCAUCGCUUCAGGACUAGCAAAGGCCUCUCGCCCAAGGCCUGCUCAACAGUUCUGGCAUCCAUCGGGGGGAAAACAAGGGAAAACAUGGAGAACGUCACAGCAGGGACGACGAAGGCGAUUAACCUGACAUGCGGCAUGUCCGGAAAUCAUGAUAUCAUCUUCACCCUGGUGCCCAUCGUCUACAGUUGUAAUUUUGUCAUCGGCAUUGUGGGCAACAGCAUGGUGGUGGCGGUCAUCUUCUGCUACAUGAAGCUCAAGACGGUGGCCAACAUAUUCGUGCUCAACCUGGCCGUGUCCGACCUCACUUUCCUCAUCACGCUGCCCAUGUGGGCCACGUUUACGGCCAUGGACUACCACUGGCCCUUUGGGGGAUUUCUGUGCAAGACCAGCGCAGGACUGGCCAUGUUGAACCUGUACACCAGCACCUUCUUCCUCACCGCGCUCAGCAUCGACCGCUACUUGGCUAUUGCGCACCCCGUGCGGUCGCGACGCUUCCGCACGGUGGCGUACGCCCGCAUCACCUGCGUGGUGGUGUGGCUCGUGGCUUUCGUGCUCAGCGUGCCCACGGCAUUGACGCGGGACGUGAUGAAUGUCGCUAACUCCAACAAUACUUUGUGCGGUGUCCUGCACCCGUCUAACCCAGCCGACCGUGAGAGGCUGAAGGGCGUCCGGCUGGCCAUCAGCCUCAUGAAGAGCCUGAUGGGCUUUCUGGUCCCCUUUGUCAUCAUCAUCACGUGUUACUGCCUGAUUGGGCGGGCGCUGGUGGGCGCGAGGAACAUCCAGAAGAGCGCCAGGUCCCGGGACGAUGAGGUUCUGCGUAUGCUCGCCGCCGCCGUCCUGGCCUUCUUCCUGUGCUGGAUGCCGCACCAGGUGUUCCACUUCCUGCAGGUUCUCACUCAACUCAUGCUGGUGGAGAACUGCACCAUGGUGGAAAUCAUUGACACCGCAAUGCCCUUCACCAUCUGCCUGGCUUACCUGAACAGUUGCGUCAACCCCAUCGUCUACGGCUUCGUUGGACGCAACUUCCGCAAGAACUGUAAGCGGCUGCUUCGCUGCUCGCCCGCCGGACCCCCGGGGACACACCCGAGCAUCAGCUCCAAGAUGAGUGCACUGUCUUUUCGGGCCUCCGAAGCCCUGAGCCUGACGGCCCUAAAGAGCAAGGCUUCGUCGGACGGGAAGUAAACGAGGGGGAAAAUACAGCGGCCGAAGAAGAAGACAUUCCGUGGUUGGAAAACCUCCAACGCUCCAAGCACUGAAGCAUGCAAAGACCGUCUUGAUGUCCUGUAGCAUGCUGGUCUGACAGUCUCAAGUUAUAUUUAGAAGAAAUAUAUGUACGCCCUUGCGGGGUGCACCCAUACAGACAAUGAACCCAAAUGUGAGCAUUUUCCCUCCCUUGCAAUUAAAGUUAGCAAAGGCCCGAUUACUGGCUGUCUCUAAAAUAUUCUGUGGUGGUAGGUGGUAUAAGAGUUGGUUUUUUUUUUCGCCCCACUCUGCACAGAAAACAAAUGCAGCCAACAAUUUACAACCUGAAACGCGAGUAGCCUUGCGCACCGUAGGCGCAUGGUAUUGAGCGGGUUACAAAAUAUACUCCCAAGACAAGCUGCCCGAAUUUGAGCUUUUUCCCUCCGCUUAAUCGAGUCAGCGAGGUCUCAAUUAUCGCCGUGUGUUUGGGGUAUUUUUUCCCCCUCCCUGAGCUGCUUCAAAAACGAUCCGGGAUGACAAUUGUCAAUAGUGUUCGAACCUUCCAAUGACAGAGGUUUGUCAUGUGUGGUCAACACAGAGUUGGGCUGAACCACGGAUCUCGUGCUUGUGACGUGCAACAGAAGCAUAGUUCGUUAAGAAUACACACGUACCGACAAUCGGGUUAAAUCUGGGCAGAUUUCCUUCCUUGAAAUCAAAGACGGCAAAAAGCCAGACGUGAAGAUUAUCCUGAGCAAUUAUCCUGCGGUGUGGGGUGUCCUAAGAGUGAUUCGAUCUACUGAGAUAAAGGAGACAAUGGUAUAUGUUGAUUUUAUUUUUAUGAUGGAAAAUCGUUGCUUGUGGCCAAAGAUGACUUGGGACCAUCCACGGACUCUGCGAGCGUGGUACGAAAGUGGAGUGACAGCCAUUUAAGCAGGGUACAUAGUGACAAUCGGGCCAGUCAGGAACCGACCGAAGCUCGCCUUGUUGCCCGUCACUAAGACAGGACACACAAAUUGAUCAUCAAAGUUAAGAGUCCCAAAAUUAGCCCAAAGCGCCUGACCCCUAAAAUAAAAUGGUUAACUUCCUGUCCAAUUUCAGGCAUGCCUCCUCAAGUGUUUUUUUUUUUUUUGUGUAUGCUGUCAUGAUAGAUGCGUCCCUGUUGGUAUGCUUGUAUACCGCUUUAGCAAAGCGUUGGAUGUAGCAUUAGAGCUUCGGUCAUAACGACGCUUACCGGUGAGAACAUGUUUUGUGUUCUCAGCAGCUCCUUCGCCAGUCGGCGGCAUGGAAAAAAGUCACGUGAAAAACAUGGCGUAAAUGUACUGUACGGCAUUUUAAAAAAAUAUAUAUCGAGGAAGCUAUCUGGAUGUUGUGCUGUCCAAUGUGCUCCCCGUGCUAACGUCAAACAACAUCAUUCAUUCUUGGUGGUAACAAGAUGUACAAAAAAAAUGUUGAAGUGGGCGGUUGUCUUUGUGGUAUUUAAAUAUGUUGAUAUAUUGUUUUCUACUGUUUGUGUGUACAGUUGUGAAUAUGUGACAGCAUGAAUAAAAAUCGAUAAGGAACAUUAAAGUGGA